CUUUCGAGGCGAUCGCUACCCGCAAUUGAAAUGAGAGCCAUAUUCAAUUCGCGUCUUUUACAAUUUACCAUCGGUCUGAUGGGGGUAAUUGUGUCCUCGGCGACAAUGGCAAUUCCCUAUUCCCAACCUUCCCCAUUUCAGUUCAGACCAAAUUACUCGGCAUUGUGCGAGCACUGGAGCUGACGGCCUCGGCAUUGCUCAUCUUUGGACUAGUGAAAAAGCGGGAGCUGAACAAGUCAAAGAUCAUGAUGGUCUGGUUGAUCUGUUCGCUGAUGUUUGUCACCGGCAUUCUCUACAACAUGUUUGAGGCUUUCUGGAUGUUCUACGGAUUCGAUGUGCUAACAUCGAUCAUAGUUACGGCCUCUUCAUUGGCUGCCGUAGCUUUGAUGUCUGGCAUGAUGUGCGUGGUGUACAAUGGCUAUGAGCGACUGGUGGAUGGCAAAGACGAGCAGAUACUUACAGCCUAAGUGGAAAAGUUUCUGGUUCCACUGCUCGAACCUAUGAUGGAGUCGGAUCCUCGUUUGCUGAAUAGAAGCUCCACUAAUUACAGUAAGAGCUUACAGCAGUAGCAGCAGCAGCAGCAGCAGCAGCACAUCUCCCUUAUGUGAAAUAAUUUUAAUUAAAAAAUGUCGCUUUUCACAUAUUUCCUCUCCGCUGCCGCUCCUGCCGCCCCUGCCGGUGUGCCACGGUCCGUUCGUUGCCACUUGUAAAGUUUCUGGAAAAGUUUGUCAAUUUGCAUUCGGCUUCUCUCGGGGUAGUCCAAUGUUACCACUGUUUUCUGCUGCAUUUAAUUAGGUUUACCAAAAACGGGCACAAAAAGGGACACACAUAUAUAUGUAGCUCCUUGCUGCUUAACAGGAAUUUCUGAAUUAAUUACAAAUAAAAAGUAAGCAGUGUCUG